AUGAGCCGCUCCCUGUUCCAGCUGCCCGACGAGCUCAUCUUGACGACCCUCAGCCAAAGCUUCCCCUGCCGGGAAACGCAGAUUCGAGCUUUAGCGACGCUUAUUUGGCCUGGCGCCGCGCCUUGUCGCAAUCUGGUCAUCUAUGGCGCUGAAGCCACAGGCAAGAGUGCCAUCACGGCAGCACUGCUGGGCAGACUGUCGGCCCUGACCGACGAUGACGGUUUCAACCUGAGACACGCCAUCAUCAACUCGGCCGAAUGCAUCACCGCCCGCCAUCUGUACGAGAGCGUCGUCGGCAAGGUCGCCGAUGCCUUGGGGUGGGAUGCCGCUCCGCCAAGGUGCGAGACCGUGUCGCAGCUGGCCGUCGAGCUGUCGAAGAUGCUCAAGUACACCCCUCGCCCGGACGGCUUCCGCUUUGUGCUCGUCUUCGACGCCAUCGACCGCCAGCGGGACGCGCCUCAUACGCUGCUGCCCGCCCUUGCCAGGCUAUCCGAGAUCAUCCCCUGCCUCACCACAGUCUUCAUCGUGACAUCCCCGCCACCCUCCUUCCUGCGGACUGCUUCCGUUCCCCACCUCCACUUUCCGGCUUAUACCAAACCAGAGUUCGUCACUAUCCUUUCUGCCAAUCCGCCCCCGGCACUCCCCAACACCACCGCCUCCGACACCGCCGAUCUCUGGGCCCGCUUCGCCGCCGCCGUCCACGACGCCCUGGCCCGCGCCGCCUCCCGCACCCUCCCCUCCUUCCACCACGCCUGCGCCGCCCUCUGGCCGCGCUUCACCGCGCCCAUCCACGCCGGCACCCACUCCGCGCGCGAGUUCUCCAAGCUCCUCGUCGCCGCGCGCCUGCACUUCCAGGACGAGCGGCUCCUCGACCCGGGCGUGCUCGCCAUCCCCACGAGCACGACGACGACGAAACCCACCACCAUCCAACAUAAAAAACCUGUAACCACCGGCGCUGGCGCCGGCGCCGGCGCCGACCUAGCAACCCUCCUGCCCACCACUCCGCGCCUGCUCCUGCUCGCCGCCUACCUCGCCUCGCACAACGCCACCCGGCACGACGUGACCCUCUUCUCGACGCACUACCACCGGCAGCGCCGCCGCCGCGGCGGGGGCGGGGGCGGCGGUGUGGCCGGCGGCGGUCGCGGCCGCAGCAAGCACCGCAAGAUCGCGCGCAAGCUGCUCGGCGCGCACGCCUUCGUGCUGGAGCGCAUGCUGGCCAUCUUCGCGGCCGUGCGGGGCGAGUGGGAGGCGCGUGCUGCUGCUGCUACUACUGCUGCUGCUGCUGUGCCUGCUGGUGGUUCCGGUGUUGCGGGGGAGGAAGCGGCCGGCAAGGGCCAGCGGGAUGCGGACGUCGGGAUGGCGAUUGCCACGCUGGCGAGCCUGCGCCUGCUCGUGCGGGUCGGCGGCGGGGGGGAUCCGAUGGAUUGCGGUGGGAAGUGGAGGGUUAAUGUUGGGUGGGAGGUGAUUCGGGGGUUGGGGAGAGGGGUCGGGGUGGAGGUGGAGGACUGGUUGAUUGAGUGA